CACUUUUAGUGACGUUAAACCAACAGGUGCUUCUGCGUGUGUCGUCAAGUGCGUGAUGACGUAGAGAGACGUACGUCAAUCUUUCACGACUACUUUCUGUUAAAGAACAUUCGUUCCUGUUAUCAACUUUGUUACCUUUAAGGUCAUUUUUAGAAGCGAGUCGCCUCCUUUUAAUUUCUAAGCCGCGAGAAAAAAAGCGUAUGGUAACGUUCGGUCUUUUUACGAGCGGAACUUCCUCCACCUCUGUUUCUGUUCUAGUCAGGACUGAAGACGUUUCCGGGUGUCCAAGUACCAGCAGUUAACAUGGCGAAUGAGCUUCUAGAAACAGUGGAUAGACUUCGGUCUCGGCUCCAGGAGAACGCGGAGCCUCGAAAGCUCCUGAAGACGUUGAAAAGACUGGGGGACCUUCCCAUGACAGUGGACAUGCUGGUGGAAACCGGAGUGGGGAAGGCAGUGAACUCUCUGAGGAAACACGAAGUUGCCGGAGAGUUGGCCAAAAGCCUGGUAGCCAAAUGGAAGAAACUUCUUCCUCAGUCUUCCGACAGACCUAACAGCCAUGACAAGGAAGCCUCCUGGUCAAACUCGUACUCUGGAGGUCCUGCUGCAGGGGGAGGGGGGGGUGAUGGAGGAGGGGGUCAGAGGCGCAAACGUGAGCGCUCACCUGAAGAAGAACCUGUUUACAAGGAUGAGGAGGAGGAGGAAGAGAGAGGCUACCACACCAACUACUCACCCUCGCCCCCCCAACACCAGCAGUACACCCCCCCGCAGCGAGGAGGCUAUCAGUCAGAUGAAUAUAAGAGCCCAGAAGCUGAACCUGAGUUGGUUCCAAGUCCUCCUCCACCUGCGCCUCCUCCCCCACGCAAAGAAGUGCGGCCGUCCAAACCUCACAAAAUACCUGCCAAGAACCACCAUCACCACAACGACCGCAGCAAAGGACGAGACGAGGAACGACGGAAGCGCCACGCACAGCCCAGCGACGAUCAUGGAGGAAGUGAAGGAAAGAAGCGGUGCCUGGACACAGAGCGACAGCAGAGCCCAGCGAACAAACUAGUGAAACACAGCAAAAAGUCCACCGCGCACGAGAGCAAGAGGGAGGAGAAGAAGAAGGGGGGAGACAAUGGACACCUUCCUGUGCCCAAAGACUACCCCACCAAGGAGGAGGACGAGGAGAAUCCAAACAUGUCCUUCGAGUUCUUUCUCACGUACGAUGCCCCAAAGUCUGUCAAGAAGAAGAAGAAGCCUCCAUCGUCGUCAUCCUCGACGUCGCACAGUCGUGUGUCUGUGUCCUCCUCUUCACAGGCCACACACACACGUAGUCCUCAACCUUCUUCCUCUUUGUCUUCCUCCUCUUCUUCUUCUAAAGUAAACAAACCCAACAGUGCCCAGAGCAACAAGAGGCCUCACUCCAGCUGCAGUUCCUCGGACGCUGCUCCAACACCAGAGAAACGAAAGAGGGUGGUUGAAGCUGUUCCCAUACUGCCUGAAAUCCCUCUGCCGGCCAUUCAACCCUACUACAGACCACUGCCUUCCAUAGACGUCACGCCGCUGUCACCCCUGAGACGUAAAGUCCCGGUCUGCAACGACGAGGACGACACCGGCUUCACGGGGAAACGCUUGAACUCCAAGAUGGUGGUCUACUCCGGGUCCAAGACAUCCUGCCUGCCCAAGAUGACGUCUCUGUACGAUCAGUGCAUCCGCGUGCUGCAGAACAACAUCGACUCCAUCGCCGAGGUGGGCGGAGUCCCGUUUGACAUCCUGGAACCGGUUUUAGAGCGGUGUACGCCCGAGCAGCUUUACCGCAUUGAACAGAGCAACCAGUGUUUCACCGAAGACUCUGACGAGCUGUGGAAGCGUCACUGUCAGCGGGACUUCAAAAGUGAAACUCCUCAGGAGUACGAGUCCUGGAGGGAGAUGUACCUGAGGCUCCACGAGGAGCGCGAGGAGCGGCUGAGGAUGCUCACCCAGAACAUCUCCUCCGCACACGCAAACAAACCCAAAGGGCGGCAGGUGAAGCUGGCGUACGUGAAUUCUGCCGCCAAACCGCCUCGGGACAUACGCCGCCGACAGGAGAAGUUUGGCACCAGCAGCGGUCUGUCCACAGCUGCCUCCACUGCGGCCGCAGCUCCGAUCCAAAUCAAACCAGUUAACAACUCAGAGUUCUCUGGUGAGUCCAGUACUUCCUCAUUGUCCUCCAGUCAGCAGUCUUCAUCCAGCUCCUCACGCCCCUCAGCUCUGAGCGGGGGAGGCAGAGGAGGAGGAAACAUCGGCCGAGAAAAGCCGCAGGUCAAAAAAAUCGCCCCCAUGAUGGCCAAAACUAUCAAAGCCUUCAAGAACAGAUUCUCCCGACGGUAGUUGGAACCAAGGCUGGGGUUUUGUCACCAAAUCGUCUGUGUUUUUGUUUUUAUUUAAGUUGAGGAAACGAUUUGACUGGAUAAAUCCUACACACACACACACACACACACACACACACCUGCACAACGGUACUGCAGCUGAACUUGACAGUAUUGUUGAAAAAUUAUUUUAACUUUUUAUUUAAGCUGUUUGACGUCUGACGGGGCGACAUCGAAUGAGUAUUGAAAUCAUGACCAGAGAGUUUAAACGAGCGAUUGCUCACGAGUAAAACGAGGAAAUGAUAAAAGGAAUCCAGACGUGCAGCACGUCGAAGGACGCGAACGACAUCGUUUUAACAGCAGUCUGAUAUUUUUUAGUAACUGCACCUUUUCAAUGAAAGGUACUCGUCUGUAGCAUGAGAGUUCAAAGGAAAUAGGAGCUACAUUGUUUAGCUUGACUUAGCUUGUCUUGUCUUGGUUUCACUUAGCUAAGCUUAUCUUACUUAACUUGCCUUAGCUUAGCUCAGCUUGGCAUAGGGACUCUGGGGGAAAAAAAAAGGAGUACCAGGGUAGCUGCCAGCUUUCUUCAUAGAGAACUGAAACAACUGCACAUCAAAUGAUUCAGUCCAUGUUUGUUCAGCUUUGGCUCUUGACUGACUGAUACUGAUAUGGACCGUAGUUUAUUUUCAGGUAUUUGUUAGGCCAUCUUCACGGCAGCCAUUUUGACAUUAUGUUACUGAAGACGGUCGUGUGUAACUGCAGCUGUUGUGGAUGAUGUUUGUUAGCUUGACGGACUUCAGACUGUUGAUAUUUUCCAAAUCAUGCAACGAUUGGGUCCUAGACAGAACAAGAAAUAACAGAAUUCAGUGUACGUUCGCUGCAGAAUCUUAGACUGUUUUCUCCAUUUCAGCAACAUUAUAACAGCUGCAUUUCACAUGAUUCAUUCUAGGUGGGGUAUAGAGACACACUACACUUGUGAGCUGCACUUUAACCUGAGGAAGAUAGGUGGCGCUAGACCGUUCUUUUAACUGUUCAUACCUGUUGUUUUCCACCAGCGUGAUGUCAGAAUGGCUGCUCAUGCACAAAGAUUAGUGUUGACGGAGUCUCGGUGCUAUGCUAAGCUAACUAGCUGCUGUAGUGGCUUCGUAUUUAUUGCAUUAACAGGGUUUUUAGCGGAACUGGCCUGAACCACAGCGUGUUCAAGCUGUGGUUCAGGUGUAACUGGUGCAGCAGUGAUCCUGCCGCUCCACUGGAACCUUCUGGAAACAAGCAGUAUACAGCAUGCAUGUUUUUCUCUUUCAGUUUAUGUUUUUUUUGUCAUUAUUAUUAUUAUUAUUAUUAUGACAAAAACUCUACGAUAGGAAGAAAUCUCCACGUCUGAACUUGCCCUGGGUUUUUAAUUCACAUCAGUUCUUCCACACGCUGCAGACCGGGUGUCAUGUAUCUCUCAGCUUGGGGUUUUUUUUUGUUUUUUUUCUUUGUUUUUUUAACAGCAAACUCAUGCGUGAUUUAAUCAUGUUUGAUUUAGUGAGUUUUUAAUGUGUAGGUAUUAAAUGAAAUCAUCUGUGAAUCUCACACACGUCAACGAGUUUUGUGGCUUCAGCGUAUGCAUCUCUGCUGUCAAAUGUGUGUGUGUGUGUGUGAGUGAGUGUGUGUGUGUGUGUUGAUUCCCUUCAUGCUUUGCCACUGUGACAAACCACUUCAUUCAGGACUCAAGGGAUGAAGUAAAAACCAGGCAUAAGGAAAAAAGGAAAACCUGUUGAAGCCCAGCUUCAGUCCACCACAGACCUUGACCACAUGUAUUUAUUAUUUUCAACACUGGGACCAUAGACCCACAACUAAGGAAGUAGAAAAACUGUAAUUUUAUUAGAUUUUAAAAAUGUAAUAUGGUCAUUUUUAUUAUUAAAAUUGACUUUUUGCCCUCAA